CUCUCUCUCUCUCUCUCUCUUCUCACUCUCGUUGCCUUUGUUUCCGUUCCUUCUCCCAUGGAAGAUGCCUCCGACGACCGCGCAGGCCAUCGCAGGAGCCUGAGAACCAUGGUUGUGGAUGAUAACCCAACGUGCCUUAAGAUCAUCACCACAAUGCUCGCAGCAUUGCAUUUCGUAGGUACUUACUGUUAGUCUAAUCCGUAGGCUUUGCAUGCAUUCAUCCCGUUGCUCGUAGAGGCUUCUUUAUGGAUUUCAAGUCAUCCAUGGGUAUGAAAUGUCUUCAGUUCCACCUCUUCUUUCCUUUGCUUCUUCGUGUGUUGCUCUGCUCUGGCUUCUUGAUCCCUCGUAAGUAACAACUAGUCUCGUUUUCUGCAUGCCCAGCCACAGAACUCGGCUGUUCCAUGCUUCUUGCAUUGUUUUGUGAAGCCGCAUGAGACAUGAUCUAAGAGUAGCUUUUCUUUCUUGGGAACGUGGUUGCUUAACAAAUGAAGCUAUGGUUUCUUGGGGCAGUUCAACCCUUCAAGAGCGCAGCUGAAGCUUUGCUCUCUCUCCGUAAACAGAAGGAAGAAAUCGAUCUAGUCUUAAUCGAGGUCCACGUCGGAGAGACCGGCUCGACUAGUCUUACUAGUUUCAAGCUGAUCGAUCAUGUCGUGAAGGAGACCGACGUUUCUGUCAUCACUAUGUGCGCUGAUGAUGAUCACAACAUUUUGUGCGAGUCGCUCAGACAUGGAGCUUGUUUCCACUUUACCAAGCCUAUGACGCCCGCGGUCAUCGAGGUCAUGCGGCGGAAGGCAAUGCGGGAUGUGAGCCGACCUGGUUCUGCAGAAGGAAAAGGUGUUUCCGCCAGUAAAAGGAAUCUUGGUUUGACUUUCUACGGUGUGGUCGGUCCGAGAAGAUCGAUCCAAAUGGCCGACGAGCUCUGCUAUAUCGAAAUAUCGAGCGGGGAUGAGUCAGGGAAGGGCAGAACCACUGCUGGCAGAGUACAAGGCAGUUGUUCUAAGGAGCAGAGGAUGGGCCGCUUGCUCUGGGACUCUGAUCUCCACCAGAGGUUCUUGACAUCCGUCGAGCUGUUGGGGAAACAUGCUGUCCCGAGAAAGAUACUCGAACUGAUGAACGUUGAUGGACUGACCGUGAAGCAAGUUUCCAGCCACCUUCAGAAACAUCGGAGACGCCAAGAGAAGGCAAAGAAGAGGUCGAAUCUGCCGCGUGAGCUAAUGCCCAAGCCAUGGCAGCUGCAAAGCCAAUCGACAUUUCCGAGGAGGCAAGGCAAGACGAAGUCUUUUCUACCCUCACGCAAGCUGCCGUUGCGGCCUCUGUUACCCAAACUUCCUUCAGCUAUCAAGACACAGCAUCCUUCGGUGCUUUUGGCUCAGAUGGAGGCGAGGAUACCCCAACCACCCCAGCAACGUCCCAUGACGACAGGAGGAAACAAGCACUUGGCUCUCAACCCUAUCCAAAAGAAUCAAGCACGGCGAGGGGGGCACCAAAAGAUCAUGCAGUGUCUCAGCCUGCAACGCAUGUUACCUAACGACACUUGCAUGGGAACUCAGUUUCCGAGUUUUGCCAGCCGGGUAAUAAUCGACUGGAGCUCAUCGUCGACCCACCAGAUUCCGGAGAACGUCGUCCAUUCCUCAGGCAGCAACGAUUCGACGAAGGUUCUUGCCUCAGGUGUCAAUCUUGAGCCGUCCGGAUCGGAUCGGGGCUCAUCGACAGAUCUUCCUGCCGUCGCUGGACUACGACAUGAUAAGUUGCAAGACUACUUCGAUAAUAGCUUAGUUAUCGAGAGAGCUCUGCGUAAGGCCUUCGACGUCUCAAGCGAUGGAGAAGACUCGUCGCCGCCUGAUGCUUAUAUGAGCCUUGCAGAAUUGGUUGGCUUGGACCAAGCGAGAGGUGUUGUAGAAAAGGAUGUCACCAAAGACAAUUCGUGUGUGGAGGAGGGUAUGCUUGACGAGAGGAGCAGAAGUCCAGUGCAGGAGCAUGCACCCCACAGUAUGGACUUCUCUGCCGCUCCUGAUCGGUUCUCUCAGCGAAGACAUGAACCGGAAAGCUGCAGCACGAUGCAAGAAGCUGUAAACAAAGACGAGAGCAUAGCAAGUGAGAAUUCCGGCAGCUUCGACAUCCAAAAAUUCAAUGUGGAUGAAGACCUCACGGCGGAAAUCUUUGAGGAAAUAAACAAAGCUAAAAGGUAGAGCAUCACGGUGACUUCCUAGAGUUGAUCUUUUAAGAAACAAGCUCGUAAAUGCAAUCAGAUCGUCAUCGACUUCUCUAAAUGCAAUCAAAACUGUAUUUUGAUUCCA